UCUCUUUUUUUAUAUACAAUUAAAGACAGACCGACAAACCGCGAGCAAAACUUAAUAAUAAUAAUAAUAAUAAUAGUAAUAAUAAUAAUAAUAAUAAUAAUAAUAAUAAUAAUAGUCUGAGAAUAUUAUUAGUAUAAAAAGAAAUGCAUAACGUAUUGUUAUUCAACUUUUGAAAACUUCAGUAAACUUUUGGUUAUUAUUAUUAUUAUUAUUAUUAUUAUUAUUAUUAUUAUUAUUAUUAUUAUUAUUAUUAGCGACGUCUAAAAGAAUAGUGAUUAGACGGUUAUCCUGUUUAAACUUUAGUAAACUUUGGCUUGUCUUGUUAAAUCGUUUUAAAUCUUUAUAAAUCGCUUUUUAAAUACGCUUAAUUAUUAAAUUAUUUGUAAUAUUGUAUCGCUGCUGUUUUGUUUUUUCUUGUGUGUUUUUUGAGGCUCAAACUAGAUUUUUGAGUUUGAGAUUUUAUGAUUUAUUUAUUUUUUUUGAACUUCAGCAGUCAGUCCCAACUUCAAACGCGGCGUUUGAACUUCGCCGGCAGAGCUUUGGGACAAAUUGAAGCCUGUAAUUAUGAUUCCGAGAAACAGGAGUUAGCCCGAAAACUUUGAAGAAGAAAAAAAUUUAAAAAAAACUGAACUAAAAAUAAAAACAUCCUUUUUUUUCGUGCCGAAACAGGAGGGAGAGCGACAGAAACGCGGAGUUUUUCGUUUUUAUUAAACUUUUCUAUAAACGUUUUAUUUGUGUUACAGUCUGUUCGAUUUUAUUUCACGUAAAAGUAAAUCGAAGCGAAACAAGAAAGGCUGACACCUUAAAAUAAAUACAAUAUAAUUAAAUACAGACAAAUAUAUCAAACGAGUAGGGGUUUACUGUCAGCGAUACUAUUAAUAAUAAUAAUAAUAAUAAUAAUAAUAAUAAUAAUAAUAAUAAUAAUAAUAAUAAUAAUAACACAGCAUAGAUAGAUAGAUAGAGAGAUAGAGAGGGAGAGAGAUAGAGAGACAGAUAGAUAGAGAGAGAGAGAUACACAGAUAGAUAGAUAGAGAGACAGAUAGAUAGAGAGAGAGAUAGAUAGAUAGAGAGAGAGAGAGACACAGAUAGAUAGAUAGAGAGACAGAUAGAUAGAGAGAGAGAUACACAGAUAGAUAGAGAGAGAGAUAGAUAGAUAGAGAGAGAGAGAGACACAGAUAGAUAGAUAGAGAGAGAGAGAUACACAGACAGAUAGAGAGAGAGACAGAUAGAUAGAGAGAGAGAUACACAGAUAGAUAGAUAGAUAGAUAGUUUGUUUUGGCUGUGGAUUUAAAAGGUUGACGAUAUCUGUAUCUUAUGACUCAGGAGGGAAAAAACUCCACAAAUUAGAAAGAGAGAGACGGAGAUCUGAAGCGUCUCUUUCAGAGAAAGCAGGUGACGCUGACACAACGUGUUACUGCCGGGCUGUCGGACGGGGGACCCGGCCGCGUACAGGACCUGCUUAUCGGCGAGGACGACUCAGAGUGGGGAGGAGGCGGGGAGAGGAGGGAGAGAUGCUCCGCUGGGGCGAGACGGCCAUCCUUCUCAAAGUCCUUCUGCAUUUUGUCCUGGCAACUCAAAGACAAGAUCGCUUUGACUGUUUUCUGGUGAACGGAGCCGAUUACCGCGGUUCUCAGAAUCGGACCUCGGUUCUGAAUGGGAAUCCCUGCCUGUACUGGAACCAGACCGUCCAGCACACCUACAAUACUGGGAGACAGAUGGCUGGAGAGUGGGGAUUGGGGGAUCACAAUUACUGCAGAAAUCCUGAUGGAGACGUGCAGCCCUGGUGUUAUGUCUCGGAGAGUGAGGAGGGAAUCUAUUGGAAGUACUGUGACAUUCCCAGCUGUCGGAGUGAGUCCUUCCUGAUCGGAAUCUGGAAACUGAGUCAAGCAGACCAGCGUUUGGGCUCUAGUGCCUUCAUCAGCGUUAUUGAAACUAAACUAAGUCAAGCAGACCAGCGUUUGGGCUCUAGUGCCUUCAUCAGUGUUAUUGAAACUAAACUGAGUCAAGCAGACCAGCGUUUGGGGCUCUAGUGCCUUCAUCAGCGUUACUGAAACUAAACUGAGUGAAGCAGACCAGCGUUUGGGCUCUAGUGCCUUCAUCAGCGUUACUGAAACUAAACUGAGUGAAGCAGACCAGCGUUUGGGCUCUAGUGCCUUCAUCAGCGUUACUGAAACUAAACUGAGUGAAGCAGACCAGCGUUUGGGCUCUAGCGCCUUCAUCAGCGUUAUUGAAACUAAACUGAGUGAAGCAGACCAGCGUUUGGGCUCUAGCGCCUUCAUCAGCGUUAUUGAAACUAAACUGAGUCAAGCAGACCAGCGUUUGGGCUCUAGUGCCUUCAUCAGUGUUAUUGAAACUAAACUGAGUCAAGCAGACCAGCGUUUGGGCUCCAGUGCCUUCAUCAGUGUUAUUGAAACUAAACUGAGUCAAGCAGUCCAGCGUUUGGGCUCCAGUGCCUUCAUCAGCGUUAUUGAAACUAAACUGAGUCAGACCAGCGUUUGUUUCUCUGUCAGUUCCGGGGUGUAGGGAUGUGUUUUUGGGUGUUCUUCACCCCCUGUUUCUCUCUCUCGCAGUGCCGGGGGUACCACGGCUGUUUCCUGGACUCGGGGAGCCCUCCUGCUCUGACAGGGAGCAGUGGCACCUCCACCAAACUCACAGUGCAGGUCUGCAUUCGAUACUGCAGGAAACAUGGGUAUGAGUUUGCGGGGGUGGGAGGCAGGCUAUGCCUGUUUCUGUGGUUCAGGGGCAGACCUGGCUCGUAACGAACAGGUGUCGGCGGUGGAGUGUGACCAGGUGUGCUUCGGCAAGUCUAGUGAGCUGUGCGGGGGGGACGGCAGGAUCGGCAUCUACCAGG